AUGUCAUAUGUCUAUUGUUGUAUAAAGAAGAAGAAGAAAGAAAAAUCAUCAGAACCAAUGUUGACUGAAUCUUUUGAGAAGAUUUCAUAUGAAACGCUUUUCAAGGCGACUGAAGGGUUCUCUUCACAAAACCUGAUUGGUACAGGUAGCUUUGCUUCGGUUUACAAAGGAGUUGUCGAUGAAAAUGGGUCGACUGUGGCGAUAAAAGUACUAGACCUCCAAAGACGAGGAGCUUCCAAGAGUUUUAUAGCCGAGUGUGAGGCCUUGAGACAUAUUCGUCAUCGCAACUUAGUGAAGGUCAUAACUUGUUGCUCAAGCCUCGAUUUCCAAGGCAAUGAUUUCAAAGCUUUAGUGUACGAUUUCAUGCCAAAUGGGAGUCUAGAGAGUUGGUUGCAUUCACACACGACGCCUCAUGAAUAUGACCAGUCUCGUCAACUAGAUCUUGUUCAAAGAAUAAGCAUUGCCUAUGAUGUGGCUUGUGCUCUUGAUUAUCUACACUACCGCUGUGGAAACGUUGUUGUUCAUUGUGAUUUGAAACCAAGUAACAUUUUAUUGGAUGCUGAUAUGUUUGCUCAUGUCGGAGACUUCGGGCUUACAAAAAUUAUUUCCCUCAAGAACAUUCUAAUGAAAACAAGAGUAGUUCAAGUAUUAUCAGAGGAACAAUCGGGUAUGCGCCUCCAGGUCUCCACCAGUGGGGACAUGUAUAGCUAUGGGAUCCUAUUGUUAGAGAUGUUGACUGGAAAAAAACCUGUUGACCCAAUGUUUCAAGAUGGCCUAAGCCUGCAUUUGUAUGCUAGGAAGGCCUUGGCUGAUGGUUUUGUGCUUCAAAUUGUGGAUCCAAUGCUACUAAAUGAUGAUGUCAAAGAAACGUGUUUGAUUUCAUUAGUGAAAAUAGGCGUGCAAUGUUCUUCUGAAUCCCCACAAGAUCGAAUGAAUAUUGGGAACGUUAUUCACGAGCUCCUAUCAGUAAAGGUUGCAGCUCGUUCUUGA